AUGGGCCCAGGCUCCGUCGUUGUUCGGGGAUGCCCCGAGUGCAGCAAACGGGAGAGUUCCCGGCUCGCAGAGGCCCCACUCCGAGGGAGGUGGCUGGCCCAGGAGAGCUGCAAGGGGCUCCUUUUGGAGCGCUGUUUUUCCCCUCUCCCCUUGCCCGCCCGGGACAUGCCCCCAGCCCGCCCCUGGCCCCGGCCCUGGCCCCGGCCCCGGCCGCGGCGCCGGCGCCGGCCCCGGGCGUCCCGCCUCUCUCUCGCCUUAGCCCGGCUCCGGCCGAGCUGGCGCUGGCGCUUCUGGGCGGGCCUCAGUGCCUGGGGCUGGGGCGGGAAUGCGCACAAGGGCCCGAAGGAGCGGUACCGAGUGGGUUCGUUGCUGGGGCGUGGCGGAUUCGGCAGCGUCUUCGCAGCCACGAGGCUCUCGGACGGUGCCCCGGUGGCCAUCAAAAAGGUGCCGCGGGAUCGCAUCCGGCGCUGGGGCGAGCUGCCCGACGGUACACGUGCGCCCCUGGAGAUUGUGCUGAUGGACAGGGUGUCCUCUGGGUGUGCUGCAGUGAUUCAGCUCCUGGAGUGGCUUGAGCUGCCCGACAGCUUCUUGUUGGUGCUGGAGCGUCCGCAGCGGUGCCAGGACCUCUCGCAUUUGCUGGCAGAGCGGAGGUUCCUGCCGGAGGAGGAGGCGCGGGGGCUGUUUUGCCAGGUGCUGGAGGCCGUGCAGCACUGCACCAGCUGCGGGGUCCUGCACAGGGACAUCAAGCCCGAAAACAUCCUGCUGGACCUGGCCACGGGGCAAGUGAAAGUGAUUGACUUUGGCUGUGGCACCUUCCUCCAAGACACAGCCUACACCCGAUUUGCAGGAACCCUGUCCUACAGCCCACCAGAGUGGUUCUACCAGCGAUGCUACCACGGCCAGGCAGCAACCAUCUGGUCCCUGGGGCUCCUGCUGUACCAGCUGGUGACAGGGAAGCACCCAUUCAGGAAGGGCCAGCAGAUCGUCUGGGGGCAGAUCAUCUUCCCACGACGGCUCUCCCAAGAGUGCCAAGAUGUAAUUAAGAGAUGUUUGUCCAUGCAACCCUUGGACAGGCCAUCCUUAGAAGAUCUCUUCCAAGAUCCUUGGAUUCAGGGUGUUCAUCUGCCCUAGAAGAUGGGAGAGAUCCAUGUGCACAGUUGGAUCCAGGGGCCUGGCAGGGAAGGAGAAGGAGCCCCUGGAGAAGCUGUA